CAGUGGAGGAGACUCUACCAGGAAGCAGCGGGGUUUUGCGGAGUGUCGAGAACCAAGAAACGGCAGCGAUGGAUCAAAUGAGGUCGGCGUUUAACGGGGUGGUUAAAAGCGUACGUUACAGCAGGUUCACCCUGCAGCCGACAGACAGCGGAGAAAGGCACGCUGAGGUCAAACUGUCUGACGAUGGCACUGAGGAAAUCACAGAAGUGGAGGCCGGGGGCUCUCCGAGCUUCAGGCCAGCACUUCCAAAUCGUAGUCGCCGUAGCAUUGCCUACCUUGUCCUGGGAACCCUGCUGAUAUUUAUCACUGGCUAUCUGGUUGGUUAUUUCAUUCACCGUAAAUAUCAAGUGGAGUCAGUGAACUGCAGCCCGCCGAGAAAUGAGACGGCAGGGAAGCAGUCUGUGCCGACACAAGCCCCGGGUGUGCAACCUCCAGAUGAGGUUGAGAUGGACUUCAAGACCAUCUCUCAACUUCUUGCGAAGAAAAUGACCAAAGAGGCCUUUGAAAAGACGCUCAGGCGCUUUGAUCUGCCCAACCGUUCAGCCGGAAGUGAUGAAGAUAUGAGUCUGGCAAACCGCAUCUUUGAUGGAUUCAAGGAACUGGAGAUGGAUCCCUGGACAGACAUCCACUAUGUUCAGCUGCCCAUGGCAGACAGGCAGAAGCCAAACAAAGUUCAGUUUGGUGCAGAGGUUUUUAACCUUGCUGGAUUUCUGGCCUACAGUGUUCCUGGCAGAGUUCAGGGCAAACUGGUGUAUGGCAACUAUGGUCGUAAAGAGGACCUGGACGUCGUGCAGAAGAACAACGUUGAGCUGAAAGGCUGCGUGCUGCUCGUCCGUGCCGGAAAGAUCAGUUUUGCAGAGCAGGUGGAUAACGCAGGAAAGAAAGGCGCGUCUGCUGUUCUAAUCUUCCCUGAUUUUGAGGAUUACGAAUAUCAAUCUGAGACCGCGCUCUAUGGACACGUCCAUCUGGGCUCAGGUGACCCCUACACCCCUGGAUUCCCUUCCUUCAACCACACCCAGUUUCCCCCAACUCAGUCGUCUGGCCUCCCCAAAAUCCUCGCUCAGACCAUCACCUGCAACAUUGCUUUAAAACUUAUACAGAAAAUUGGCGGUCCUGAACCAGAUGCUGCAAGUGGAUUUAAAGGUAGUUUCAAGUCAGUGAUUUACAGCCUGGGAGGCGUCGAGAACAUCACUGUGGAGGUGAACAAUGUGCUGGUCAACAAGGAGCUCCAUAACGUGUUUGGGGUGAUCAAAGGAUUCGAUGAUCCCGAUCGCUACAUUGUCCUGGGAGCUCAGAGGGACGCCUGGGGUAGCGGUUACACCAGAGCCACUGUUGGCACUUCAGUACUAACGGAGCUGGCCAAGGCUUUCCAUGAGAUGGUGGAGAAUGAUGGGUUCAGGCCCAGGAGGAGCCUGGUGUUUGCAAGCUGGAGCGCAGGAGAGUAUGGAAGUAUUGGCGCCACCGAGUGGCUGGAGGGUUACAUGGCCUCUAUUGACAAAAGUGUCUUCACCUACAUAAGCCUGGAUGGUGUGGUCAUGGGUAAGGGAGGCUUUAUGGCCUCAGCGAGUCCGCUGCUCUACAGCCUCCUUGAGACCACAAUGAAAGAGGUGAAUAGUCCUUUUAGUGCUGAAACUAUGUACAACAUGGCAGGAAAAACCAAGUGGGAGGCUAAUGUAAUGAGGCCGAUGACUAUAGAUGACCCAGCCUAUCCCUUCUUGGCUUUCUCUGGAAUUCCCUCUGUCUCCUUCCACUUCAUCACACCCAAUUCUGAGGUCUACACUUAUUAUGGCACCCACUUGGACAACGUGGAGCAGCUCAGUUAUAAAACCAACCAACGGACCGGCGAGAUCACGGUGGCGGCGGCGCAGUUUGCCGGUCAGAUGGCUCUGCACCUGGUUCAUGACCACCUGCUGAGCUUGGACAUGAACAGAUACAGCAACACCCUCACCAAGGCUGUGGUCCAAGUCUAUAGACACAUCCAGCGGCUCUCACAGUCUGGUAAGCUAAAGGAUUUGAGUCCCAACUGGUUGAACCGCGCGCGAGGCUCCUUCCAGCGCGCUGCUCGAGGCAUCUACGAUGACAUCGCCAGCACCAACUUGGAUGACAAAGAGGCCUGUCGAAUCCUCAACGACAGGAUCAUGAGGGUCGAGCACAACCUCCUGUCUCCGUAUGUGUCCCCUGUCGAGGUUCCCUUCCGUCACCUCCUGUUUGGGCGGGGCUCCCACACUCUGGCGUCCAUCUCUGAGGCCACUGACAUGGACGAGCUCCGCACCCAGCUGGCCCUGGCCACCUGGAACUUGCAGGGAUGUGCCAAUGCCAUGGUGGGAGACAUCUGGGACCUCGAUGAAGAAAUUUAAAUCAGGGAUGCAGAGAUGCGAGGGUGGCAGUUGUUUGCAUGUGCGGGUUUUUUUUUUGUUUUGUUUUUGUUUUUUUAAAGUAAAUUUGAGGUGAAAGCGUAGCGCUCCAGUAUCAGCACUUAAAAGCACAAGUCGUUAGUCAGAAGCCCCAUCUUUCAUAUACAGGCUUAUGUUCAAAAAUGAAUUUCACAAAAAUCCUCAAAGAGAUGGAAAAAGUAUUUAACAUAGAGCUAAAAAACUGUGAACAAGCACUACUUGAAAAAAAUUACACGCUACUGACAAAUCCACCUCCUCUCUGACAUGCCAACUCCGUCAAAGCUCUUGCUGCGGCCACUUGCCAUCAGAGCACUGAAAGACCUUAUUUGUACUUGUUUUUUUAUUAUUAUUAUUAUUGUUAUUUAUCAGUGGCAGUGUCCACUAUAAAGCUUGUCUUUUUAUACGACGUUAUCGGAAGCAGUGCCUUCCAUAAUUAUGACUGUUAUACUGUCAAAACCUACAGCAGCAUCUGCUACAAAAAUGACUCCAAUUAUUGCUGAAAAAACAGAGCCUGGUAAAAUUAGGCUCCUUUCUGCCCUCUGUUUCAUCCUUCAGCCUGGAGCUCUUGAAACAGCAGGUUUUCAGAGAUGGCCAAAAAUGACUUUCCUCUUUUAGAAGGGAGAAAUUAAGGGUAGAAAAUUUGUAUCUUUGUAGAGGCCAAGUCAGUUUUUCACUGUUUUUUUUUUUUCCAAAGCCAGACUAGAGCUGGCAGGAAAACAAAAACUGUCUGAAUACUGUGGAAAAUUAUCUCUUUACUUGUGGUUUAAAAAAAAAAAAAAAGUAUUUAAGUGGAUUUAUUCUGCAAUUGGUGGCAAAGGGAAUGUCACAUUUAAAAUUUAGAAAACAAAAGCCACAGGCACAAAAUUAAAUCCCCUGAGCUGAUUGGUUACAUAAUUUGCAAAAGAGACAUUUAUGUUGCACACUCUACUUUGGAGCAUUUAAUGAGAUCGUAACGCAUUAUCGGGAGCAGUGCCUUCCAUAAUUAAAACUCAUUAUCGGGAGCAGUGUCUUCCAUAAUGAUAAACAGUGACGGUAGUUUUUGCCUACCAUUGUGUGUGUUUUUUGUAUAUGUGUAUUUAUCGAGAGCAGUGUCUCUCAUAUUUCACUUGAAAGGUGGAACAACUUAUCGGGAACAGUGUUUCCCAGAGUUUUAUACUUGACAUAUUUAUUUGUUUUGGGUGUUUGUAGGCAUUGUCCUCUCUGUCCUCCACAGUGUGUGCGCUCUUUGAGUUCCUACUGUUUUUGUCUGUGCAUACACUUCCUAUUGAAUACUACGGUCUAAUUAUAAUGAGCCUCAUUUGGGCAGGAUUAACCGUACAAGGGGAGGUGGGACAUGAAGACAUUAUUCCAAACAGCGCUUUAACAAUCAUGUAGUUUUGAUCGAUUCAGUCUUCAAGCAGAAUAAUUAGAUUGAUGGGAGAAUAUAAUUCAAGCUGUUUGUCAUUUAUAUUAGCCAUAAAUCAGCUGAGAAAUCUUAGAGGAGAAAUACUCACUCACAUUUUUAACUUUUCUUCAGUAUGAAUUUAUCCUUUGGUAGCUGUGUCUGUGCCUAUAGUGAUUGCAAUCAUGGCCAAUUCUGCAUACUUUUAAUGGUGAUAAAAUGUAAUCAGGAGUGUCAGUACCUGCAUCAGAUGCAAAAGUUUGCUUUGAGUUUUGUCCAUUUUUUUCCUAAUUUGACCAAACUGCAACUCUCUGACCUUUUCAUCAAGGUCAAGGCAAAGUGGUAAGGAAAAGUAGAGGGGAGGUAUGGGCUCUGAGUCUGUCAAUCUAAUAACAUCCCCCCAGUAGCCCGUUGGGUGAGCUUUUACAUGAUCUCACUCUGCUAAAAGCUGUGGUUUCCAUCACCAGAUUACUUUAUAUUGAGCAGACUUGUAAAAAGGUUGAAGAACAGUCAAGUUGAAUUUAAAAUUCAGACAUUUCAUUGACACAAUAGAAAACUUCUGCUUUAAUUGUAUUUUUUAACCACCUACUGCCUCCCCUGAAGAAUGAAAUCCAGUUCAAAUGAGACUUUUAGUCCUCACUUUAUUUAGCAUCUGAACACACAGUGAAGGAUGUUUAAAUCAGUGCACUGUAUUCAUUAUAGCUAUAGCAACAAACCUGGUCUGUCAGACUUGUGACCUCCUAACCUCUCUCCUUUGUUAGUAACUGUAAGCACGACAGAUUAAUUCACUUGCAUGGGUUUUCUCCUCACUGCAUGUUACUGAGGUGUAGCUCAGUCAAACCUUACUACAACGUUUCACAUGUCCAGAUUAGGUUUAUUUGUGGUUGUGUUUGCUGAUUUGGUUACAAUUUCAAUCAUACUUUUUCUCUAAUUGUUACCAGCCCUCUGAAUCAGAAGAUUUAAAACUAUAAAACUGCAUCAAUGUCAUUUAAAUCCAGAUAGUAGUAAUUCUGUCAAACUGUCGCUGAAGAACUGAUUCAUGAUUUAAGUUCACUUAAUUCAUCAGUUCAGCUGUUCCUGCUACACCUGGAUUGUUUAUCAUUCAUGUGAUAGAAGAAUGGAUUUCUCUGCAUCCUGAGCUGCAAAUUUGAUCAUUGGAAAACUUUUUGCUCAGUGUGUUGCUGAAAAAUAUUGACUAUGAUUUCUGUACUUCAGAGGUUGCCAUUAUGUUUGUGACUUCCAUGUUCUGCAGAAAAGUGUAAUAAACCCUUUGG